UGAGAUCACCGACGACGCAACAGGGUCAAUAACGAAAAUAUACUGUUGCAUAAACAAGAUUAGCGAUGUUGCGCAACAUCCCCUGCUUUCACACAGUUAAGGACUUAUAAACGUUGUACGCUCAUCCAUUGUGUGUUAUACAACUGUAGAAUUUGAGAGACGAGUUGACUAUAUUACCACAAAUCGUUCUUUAUCUAUAAGAGAUACAGUGUGACCAGCGAUGUAUUUCUUAGUCUUAAUACUGUGUGUCGUGGUGAUCAAUGAUGCCAGCCAGUAUGACCCUCAUCUUUACCCACCGACAGGGCCUUUCUUUGAGGGUUGGUACACCAGACUAACAGAUACAGACAACGACAGAUCAUUUGGUGUCCUCUUUGGUCGUGUACUCCCGAGAAACAGCCAGUCGACAUCAACAUCGACAUCAACAUGGGACUCGAACCCGACUACCUACAUCAGUCUGGUGUGCAGCAAAGGUCAAGGGUCACCCAUGGUCGUCGUCCAGGCUUACCCUGAUGAAGACGACAUCGAGGUUACGGUGCGUGGUGGUCGACCGAUAAACAAAGACCCCUCUCUGCAGGCACCAUCUUACUUCGAGUACGUUGUACGUCCGUAUGGAUUCUACAACGUAACUCCUAACUCGACUGUUUUUAGUUUCACCAUUGAUGGGGUGACGUUUGCAGGAAACUUUACCAGACCUCUACUGUGGGAUUCGACUGGGCAAGGUCCAGAAGGCUGGCUUACUGACCUGCCGAUGUUACCCAUCCAUUGGUUCGUCUACAGCCUUGGGACCCCAGGAAGCUAUACAUGGAACCAAUCAGGACGAGUCAUAUCAGGCAAGGCUCAUGCUCAUCAGGAGAAGAACUGGGGACAGGGAUUCCCGGCAGGUUGGAUGUGGACCCAAGCAUACAAUCGUACCGCAAACGCAACAUUCGCGGGAACCUUUGGAGUCGUGUCCUUUAAUCCGGUUAUCAGAGGCCCUGCCCAUCUCUUCGGCUACAGAAAUUUUGCGCGAAAUCUUCGUCUUGAUUUCAGGCCAGACAACUCGUUUACUACUCAGGACCGGCGUCCUUGUGAGGGUAAGGCUACAGUGAACAUCUACAGUCUACUUCACACCGUGGAGUUAACAAUGAGUGCUCCGGUAGAGACCUUUCAGAAGUGUCUACGUGGUCCAGUGGAAUCAGGCUUCCAGUACAACUUGGUAGAGACGUAUGUGGCCACCAUACGGGUAGUUAUCAAGAAACUUGGAUUUAGGGGUUUUAGUGUAAUUGAAGAUCAGAUAUUCUAUGGAGCGGCGUAUGAGUUCGGUAGAGAGUACCUUUGUCCUCAGAAUCCGUGCACUGAUUGAUUUCUUUAGCAGUCGUCUGAUGUAUGAGAAUUCUUAGUCCACUGACAUGACUGUGACAUAUGAUAUUCAUGAUACUGGGCAGCUUUAAGGGAAAGAAAAACGAUCUUUACAUAUAUGUUUGUUAUUUUCGAGCCAAUCUUGAGCUCUGGUAUGGGAAUCCUAUUUUGACAGAAAAUUGCUAUGAUUUAUUCUUGAUUUGUUUAUCCUGCAGUAGAGUGGUUGUUUGGAACAGUGAAAUUAAUACAAACGCACAAAAACUUACCUAAAGGGCAUUAUCUUCGAUAAAAACCACAUCUCCCAUUUGCACAUAGUGACCUGUGUUAAGCACGUGUCGGGCCUACUUACCCAGAUUCCUUAACUUUCCAUGCUCAUUUCCUAGCCACUAAACAUUUUCUACCAAAAUUGUUCGGCACUCGUCAUUUAUUUUUAAUCUUGAACAUUCAGUGUCAGUUUCAUUGGAUUCUGUAAGAAUGUAUUUUCUAUAUUUACCAGAACUCAAGUUUAUCUUUAAUUGACAUGGAGGUACAUAGUAAUUUUCUUUUUAUUUAGUUGAUGUUGUUACUUUGGCAGUCUGUCUGUUUAACUUACUAUAUGGCAAAGGAGUUCCUUUUUAAUGUUCACGAAAAUGUUAAUUGUUAAAUAAAGUUGGAAUAACAACCCUCCAAAUAUUAAAUACCUUUAUUUGGAUAUUGUGAAAUAGUAAAGAAACUUCAUACUUCUACGAUUGCCCUUUGUUUUACGAGUUGGUCGUAUGCAUAUGGAUGUACGUGCCAUGCACUUGUAGAGUAUAAUUUUAUAUCCUUGCCUUUUUGGUACCAUAUUUAUGAGAUGAGAUUUCAUGAUUGGCUACACACAGGUCAAUUUAGGUAACUUGGUCAAAAUCCACUUGAAUCUACUGAGAAGGUGGGUAAAGGAUUGAAAAACAAGCAAGAAAGGGUGUUUAUUUAUCAUAUUUGGUUAUAAAAUCAUGUUCAGGUUCAAUUUCUUGGAAUAUUUUCGAUCGCAUAUGACCACUUAUCGAUUUAUCAUCCAUGGCAGAAACAUCUCUGGAGAAGCAUAGUUGUCUUGCCUGGUUCAUAAGCCUAUAUGUGAGGGAGAACCUCUUGGACAUGUUGGAUGAAGUUCAUACCUAAAUCAUCAGGAAUUGAUACAGUUUCACGUCCAGUGGAGUAAACCACUUCUGCUAUGACCUCUAGGACAAGCCAAUCCCAUCUCCACGUGAAAAGCAGUGCUUACAUUAUCUGAAUAUCAUUCCGGCCCUAACCAUCAAAAUACCCCCUUGAAUAUGGUAUGGUGAGAAGCCAGCACGAUUACUCUAUAUACAGGUGCAUUUACAUUUUUACCUGUGGCCAAUUUCGUCCACUUUCAAGGCUCAUGAUAAACUUGCUAUUGUUAUUAUUAUUUGUAUCUUCAUAAUAACUAUUACA